GGAGAUUGUCACCCCAUCCAAAUUCCCAGUUGCAAAAAAAGGUGGGGUAAUUCCUUAUGUCUCAAAUAAGGAAAAGCGCAAAAGAAAGCUUGGGCCAUUAUUGAAAACACCCUACACCAAUCCCACUAAAAAACAAAAAACUGAUUCAUCCUCCACGGUAACAGAAGAGGUUGAAAUUCUCAAAGACAUAUUGCCAAUGGCUUUUGAACUCAAAAGGCCAUAUCGAAGGGAGUGGUUAGCAGAAUGUCACAAAUGGAUGAAGGAUCCCAAAACACAACAUGACAAAAUUGAAUGGAUUCCUUGUACUGUUGACAAGGUCUGGUUUGCUGAGGCAAUUCAACCUGACAAAUGGUUGAGAGACCUGCAUCUUGACAUUGCUACAUACCACAUACGUCGGAGACUUGCCAAGUACCCUACCAUAUUUAAAAGGAAAGCGGCAGUGCUUGACACAAUUUUCUUUGUCGGUACCAGUCCUCCUGAAGGUGUUCCCUGGGGAGAAGUGGACUAUGUGUACUUUCCUGCAAACUUUGAUGAGAAGCAUUGGGUGGCAGUAGAGAUGAUAUUAUCAUCACGGAAAAUAAAUGUCUAUGAUUCUUACCAUGACCUUACAAGUUCUGAAAGGUUUGCAGAGAUCAUGAGUCCAUUGUCUAUAAUGACCCCAUACAUAUUACGUCCUUGUGGCUAUGACAUUCCCACGACACCAUGGGAAGUUGAGAAGGUCAAUCCCUGCCCUCAACAGAAGUCAGGAGGGGGCGAUUGUGGUGUUUUUACAUUCAAAUUCAUUGAAGCAUUGAUAGCAGAAAUUCCUAUUACUGAGAUAAAUCAGAAUGACAUGACGUUUUACAGGAAAAAGUUCACAGCAGAGAGCUGGGGGGGAGAGUUCUCAUUGUGAAAACUAACUCUGUUGUACUGUACAUUUAGGAGUCAAUUGUUGUUGUACAUGCUUACUUAUUUGUGUUUGCACAUAUUUUUGCACUA